AAAGGAGCUCGCACAUGGCUUCUUGCUUCAUUAAGCUUAGCGGUCUGGAAAGCCAGGAGACUGCAUGCCAGACAAAAAGACUAAAACAACACCCGGUGGAUGUAUCCCAAAUUUAAAGCCAGAGGAUCUUAACAUCCGAAACGAUGGAGCUGAAACCUUUACUGAAGAAGCUGGGCUCAAUUGUUCGGGCCAUCUUCACCUUCCUCUUUGCUCUGGUGGUUCUGGGCGUCAUGGUGUGGGCCUACGUUGAAGGUUUCCAGCUGGUGACAUCCAUGUAUGGCAUCAUUUCAUUUGGCUUUUAUGGACUUCUCCUCUCACUCCACAUGUUAGUCCAGAGCUUCUUUGCUUAUAUUGAGCACCGGCGAAUGAGAGCUCAGACAGAUCCAUGCAGCUUCACCAAAACAAUCGGUUUCACUAUAUCUGCUUACGAAGAGGACCGCGCAUAUCUCAGCCAGUGCCUCAACUCUGUGAAGGCCCUCAAGUAUCCACCUGAGCUGAUGCGCAUUAUCAUGGUGAUAGAUGGGAAUUCAGAUGAGGACAGAUAUAUGAUGGACAUGUUCAAGGAAGUGUUUGCAGAUGACGAUCCUGGUGUCUGUGUGUGGCAGAACAACUACCAUAGUUGGGAUCCCACCCAGGUCCAGCAGGAUAUAGAAAUGGGCCAAAAAGAGAAUUCUGAUUAUGCGAUAGGAGAGGAUCCACAGCGAAAAGAAGUAGAGCACCUGAUUCAGACCAAGAGGUGUGUGUGCAUCAUGCAGAAGUGGGGAGGCAAGCGGGAGGUCAUGUACACUGCCUUUAAAGCACUUGGAUCAACAGUUGACUAUAUACAGGUGUGUGAUUCAGACACAAAGCUGGAUCCUUUGGCCACUGUGGAGCUAUGUAAGGUGUUGGAGAGUAACCCCAAGUACGGUGCUGUUGGAGGAGAUGUGAUGAUCCUCAACGUCAAAGACUCUUACAUCAGCUUCAUGAGCAGUCUUAGGUACUGGAUGGCUUUCAACAUUGAAAGGGCUUGCCAGUCCUUCUUCAACUGCGUGUCUUGCAUUAGUGGUCCUCUAGGUCUGUACAGGAAUGAUAUCCUCCAGCAGUUUCUGGAAUCGUGGUAUAAUCAGAAAUUUUUGGGAACUCACUGCACAUUCGGGGACGACAGGCAUCUCACCAACCGUAUGCUGAGCAUGGGCUACGCCACAAAAUACACAGCACGCUCAAAAUGCUACACAGAAACACCAGCUCCGUUUCUUCGCUGGCUCAACCAGCAGACUCGCUGGACAAAAUCUUACUUCCGCGAGUGGCUCUACAAUGCAAUGUGGUGGCACAAGCAUCAUCUGUGGAUGACCUACGAGUCCAUCGUCUCAGGUAUUUUCCCUUUCUUUGUCACUGCCACCAUCAUCCAGCUGUUUUGGAGAGGCACACUGUGGGACAUCCUUUGGAUCCUGUGCUGCAUCCAGCUCAUUGGGUUGGUGAAAGCAGCUUACGCCUGCCUCUUGCGGCAAGACACAGUGAUGGUGUUUAUGUCGCUCUACUCAGUUCUGUACAUGACCAGCUUGCUGCCUGCAAAGUACUUUGCCAUUCUAACAAUGAACAAAAGCAGCUGGGGGACGUCAGGCAGGCGCAAGAUUGUCGGCAAUUACAUGCCCCUCCUUCCUCUGUCAGUGUGGACUGCUAUUUUAUUAGGUGGGCUUUGUUUCAGAAUCUAUAAGGAAAGUAAAGUAAACUGGUCAAGUGAAGAAAAAAUAUUAGAGAUCAGGUUUCUUAUUUUCGGUAGUGUGGCCUAUGUGUGCUACUGGUUGCUGAUGAUGCUUUUCUACUGGGGGUGGUUCCGGAGAUUAUUCAGAAGACGCUCCCGAACGUACAGAGUAAAUGUGUAGGUCUUAAGAAGGAAGAUAAUUUAUUUGAUUUAAACCUUAUUUCAAUUAAUGAUUUCAUGGAUAACAUUCACCUUAUUAGAACUCUUUUGAGUACUAAGAAGAUGCUCUCAUAUAAAACUACAACAGUUUUACUCAUAUGGAGAUAUUGUUGCACAUUUCAGGGAAACUGUACUGAGGCUUUUGGAGCCUUUACACUUCUCAGGUUUCUCAUUAUCAGGUGAUGGUGAAGUGAUUGGGUCUUCCAUCAGAUGUCACAUAUUUAGCUGUGAUAUCUUUAGACAUCUAUACAGAACAUUUAUGUAUUAAAUUAUUAUCUCAGUAAGGUUCUUUUCUAGUGAAAACUGUAUUUUAAAAUAAUUCUGUUUAUGUGUAUGCAAAUCCAUGUAUGUGUAUGAAAAUGACUUUGGCAAUGCAAGGAAAGCCAGCAGAAAGAUCUGCCACUGUGUCAAUUUAGUCAGUCUUUUUUCACCGUUUCUACUUUUUGAGCACUGCUUCCUGGACUGUGCCUCUGCAGCCUUACAGACUUACUUGAAAAUCACAUUUAGAGAAUGUGAGAGUGUACAACUCUGACUAAAGGAUUGUGUAACGUACUCCAGCAGGGGGACAGUUCAUCAUAUACUGUUUAUUAUUACUGCUGUAUUUUUUUUAAUCUAUUAAGUAUGAAUAUUCAUUGUGGAUGCACUUUUUAAAUGUUAUAACACAAG